CCGUGCAUGUAAUUGAUCCAGUGUUGGGAGAUUAUGCCAAAAUGCAAUUUAGUAAUCUCCGAUCUAUCUCGAGGCACAACUCCGUGUUGUCGCGUGCGUAUUUGCUUGCCUUUUUCACCGCCUCCACCGAUGGACGUACGAGAAGAAGAAAAUUAAUGGAGCAGCUUGAGGACACUCCUAUAACUUGUAGCUUUCUCGCUCACUUUUUCUCCCAAUAUAAUUCUCCUUCCUCCUCAAACUCACUAUACCUUGUUUCCUUUGGAUCUCUCUCUCUCUCUCUCUACACGCUUCAGAGAGGCCUGAAUGGAUGAGAUUAAAGCAGAGACGGUGGUGAAGAGGGAGGCCUUGGGGGAUUACGAUCACGAGGAGAAAAAUGGAUUCUUGUUGGGGGAAGAAGACCAGAGGAAGAAAGUGUCCGUGAAGAAAGGGUCUGCUGGCGGCGGCGGAGGGAGUGGUAUGCGGUGUUGCCAGGCGGAGAACUGCUUGGCGGAGCUCAGUGGUGCGAAGCCGUAUCACAAGAGGCACAAGGUGUGCGAGUAUCAUGCCAAGGCUCAGGAAGUAAUCGUGUGCGGCAUCCGACAACGUUUUUGUCAGCAAUGCAGCAGAUUCCAUGAGUUGGGUGAGUUUGAUGAGACGAAAAGGAGUUGCAGGAGGCGUUUGGCUGGGCACAACGAACGACGAAGGAAGAGCUCAGUGUGUGAGACUCAGGCAGAAGGGUCGAGCCAGAAAAGAACAGGGAUGACUCAGCUGAAGGACAUGGUUUGUGGUGACGAUAGAGGCAGAAUUCAGAUCAGUAUAUAAAGAGAACGCCUUCUUUCAGACAAUUCCCCAAUAAGAUGAGAACGUGAUCGUUCCAUUGAUUGCUCGCUUUUCUCGUAAAGCAUGCUCUCUCUCUUCUGUCAUCCUGGGCAUGUGUUCUUUAAUUGCUCCUAAUUUCUGUGCGUUUAGAUCGAAGACUAGUGCACUGAUUGCAAUAACAUAUUCCUUCACUGGAGUUACUGUUGCCAGUCCAGCAGCAGACGUUAUGAUUAUGUACUUCUAGUUCUACUCAUUGUGUUCAAUCAAUACAAUGCGCUUUACGUGAAUUGCUUUUUCCUUCCUCCACCGUGCUUUAUCCUGCACAUCCACGAGAGAAUCAAUUUGACUGGUUUAGCCAUUCUGCAUAGUAUAGUGGGCUCGAGGCUAAAGGACUAACGUCCACUCGACGAUCAUUCAGACUCUGUCCGGUCAAUUCAGUUCACUCGAAUUUUCACUCGCAUGAUGUACUACGUGAGAAGAUGAUCAUCGGAUCUGGCGACUUACUAGUU